UCUCGUGUAGGAGUUGUCGUCACAGUGGUGAGCACUCACAGUAGUAGCGUGAGUGUGCUAGUCUGUGCUUAUUUAUUUAUGUGCUUAGUCUGUAUCAAGGAUUUAGUUCUACGCUAGCGACCCCCAGAGGCUUGGACACUGUUGGUCACUGCUGGUCAAGAUUUCAUUAAGUGGUCAGUCGGAGAUUUAGAAUUCACUUGGAGGACAGUUAGGGUCAUUCAUGUCGCCAGUGCUCUAGUGCUUACUCAAUCAUUGAUGUGAGGGCAGUAGUGAAUCAAAACAAAGAUUUAGUUCUAAGGUCUCUUCGGUAGUUUCAGCACAAAACCAUUGACUCGGAAAGACGGCAGGAAGUUUACUGAGUGAUUCAUAUUGAUUUAACUCACUAACUCGUGGGUUAUGUAAUAAAAAAAAAGUCUAAGAGAUCUACUGGGAAGGAGCUUAUCAGGGAACGAGACCAAGGUAUAUCAGCUGUUUGUGAUUGGGUUUGGUUCUGACGGGCUUGGUGACCUGUUGAAACACUGACAUUGAUCGUGACAUGAGGGUCAGCUCCAGGCCGUUCGAACUGUUGAUGACGUCAAGUCUUGUUCACCCCAGCUGAGAGUAUGAUGUCAUGGACAGAGGGACAACCGCGGGCACACCCGGGUACCAUUCAGGAGAAAGACAGGCUUCUGUGUCCACCUAUAUUACCAGCCUGGUCCUGUUGGUGGGUGUGUUUGGUGGACUGGUCAUCGUAGUUACGGUCAUCCUAGUCUGUACCUAUUGUCAGGGCAAAAGAAAACCAGAUCGAAGCACAUCAAGCAGAGAGAACGUUUCUGACAACACAUUGCGAGCUUUACAAAGAUACGAAACUAUCAACUCUGAUAUCUUCUCAGAUCCAAGCUCCUAUUCCUUUGACAUUCCCCAAACACCGAGGAAAACAGUCGAUUUCAGACUUCCAGAUCGUGUUAGCGAACAGGAAGGCGCCACGGAGACAACUAACUUCCGGUCUGAUUUUCCAAAAGAUGAGUUCGGAGACCAGCACAGCACUUUCUACACCCAGGUCGACGAAACAGAGACUACUUCGGCACAAGGGACUGCUGCUACUUCGUCAAAGACAAGUCAAAAUGGCGGCAACGCCGGAAGCGGAAGUAGGCGAGUAUCAUUCCAGCUGGACAAUCUGAUGAGGUCAAGCUCAAACGUGGAGUUCAAAGUUCGAAGGUACAUCGAGGGCGAUUUCCACCAUCUGAAACAUUCAAAGAUAGGAAAAAAUUUACCAAGACAGUUUUCCAUGGGAGGCGCUGUGCCAGGGAGAAGUUUGUUGGAAGACCCUCAAUUUAAAUUUAACUCCUUGGACGAGCGAAAGACAUUUUUCCUUCCACCAAUAGUGGCUCAAGAAGCGCAGCGCGCGCAUUCGUCACUUUUACAGCCGACUGAACCACUCCCACCUCAGCUACAACAACAACAGCAACCGAAGCAGCUGCAGCAACAGACCUCGCGUGAGUCUCGGCGGACAAGCAUAGAGCGGGAGACAUCUCCCAAGCACUUGCGAGACAAUCGCCUGUCUCUAGAGCGGGAGACAUCUCCCAAGCACUUGCGAGACAAUCGCCUGUCUCUAGAGCGAGAGACAUCUCCCAAGCACUCGCGAGACAAUCGCUUGUCUCUAGACCAACUGAAACCAAAUAAACGAGACUCACCUUCGCCCACUUACCGGACACCUAAAGGCUUAAAAAAUUCUCCUUCCCCGACCUUCAACUUCAUCAAGGACGUGGUUGGCAAAAACUCUCCGUCACCGCCUCUCAGGCCGAUCCCGGACAGUCCGUCAAAUUUCUCUCCCCUGGCUACACGUGACACAGGGGUUAAAGGCUCACCACCUUCUCCUUUUAGGCCCAUCAACGAAAUGGUCAGUCUGGGCAGUUCCCCUUCGCCCACAUACAAAUCAGCGAAGACACAAAUCUCUGUAGAAGUUCACAACCCUCAGCAGAUCCACAGCUUUACACAACACUCUAUCAGCGGUUCCCACCAUGUGCCCUCGACGUCACAGCACUCCAGCAUUGGAUCUCAACACACUGGUGCUCCUCACUCUCACUCUGGAGAAGCGGUCGCCGACGAGCAGCACAAGCUUCUCCUGGCGCGAUUGGAGAGGACGAGAUCUUACACAGAUUCUUGCAAUCCUCCCAAAAAGACAUUGCUACUACGCAGUAAGGCCCAGCACAAAACAAUGUAUUCCCACAGCUUGGAGUCGGCUAAUCCGUCUCGACAAAAAUGUUACCGAAACAGCAGAAAGGUCAAAAGUUACGGAGAUGACCACGAAGAUCAUGACGUGCUGAAAAUCACCGAGUUCUCACGAGGGCCAUUUUAUAACGCUGAUUACGACAUCAUUCUGGAGCUGGGAUCGCCGACGGUGUCAAAGGUUCGGUAUAACGAUACAGGAAGUCUAGAGCAGCUGAACGAUGCAGAGUUUUCCGCGGAGCUCGAGGUGGAGGAAGCAACUGUAGUGGAGGAUAAAAAAGAACAAGAGCGCCCCGACGAUAACGAGGACAGCGCAGAGACACUGAACGGGACAAGAAAAUAUCGAGCUCUGUGGAGGCUGAGGGCGACUUUGGAGGAGGAUGAGGAAUGCAGUGAUAACAUUCGAAUGGAAGACAUCACAUCACCAGAUGAUUCUCCCGACAGAGAGCACGUGACGCCUGCUACGACCUCUUUUGAGUCUAACGCUCAAAGCGACCCGUGCCCAAGUGAUCAUAGAGACAGCGGGAUCCAGUUUGAGAGUACAACGUCAUCGCGGCCGGGUCAUCAAGCCAACUUUUUACAUCCCAACUACGAAAACAGGCGACAGAACUACCGGAAUGUUAUCAACAACCGGUUUCAGAGAAACAACCAGUCCACUAGCGUGGAGAACAGUUUUGAUAGCGUCGAAACGGACGGAGACGUUUCGGAUACUUCCAGGUACGAGGUGACCACCACUUCCUUUGAAUCUUCGACCACGACCACCACAGAAAACACAGACAGCACCACGGAGAGCCAGGCCAGUAAGCUCAGGCAGAUGAAAGCCGACAGCGGUUACAAGUCUUUGGAGACUCAACAGCAGAGCUCCAAAGAGUGCGGAGAGCAUGAAACAAUGAAGUGGGACACCAGGAUGAGCGUGGAUUGCUGUGAAGGCAUCUCUGCUCGCCGGGACAGCAAGCCCAUAGUUGACGGCGUGGUCGGCUUUGCCAUACGCCGCAGCAGCAAAGCGGAAAUAGAACGACUUGAAGGCCUGCACCAUGAGCGCCCUAUCGCCGGCGCCGUGGCUUCCGGAAUCGAACCAUCGCCAUUAUAUCGCGACAGCCGUCACAUCAGCAGUAAUGUUAUAAACGCAAAGGCUGAAGGUCCUCACAAAUCGCCACCUUCGUCAACGACACACUUUGAUCGCCGCAACGGAAAAACGGCCUCCAAAAAACGCCGCGAGUACUCAAGGGAAAAACAAACGGUGCAGGUCUACGAAAGCAUCAACGAGCCGCCAACAUGUUCUAAGCCAGAGCUUCACUCUGGAGACAGCUUCGAAGAUAGCUCCAUCCCGAACAAAAUCUCAGUGUUUGCCAGAUUUUUCAAAUCCCAUUCUCGUGGUCACAGAAGUAGAUAUCUUGUCAGAGACUAUAGCAUAGACGAGAAAACUAACUCUAUUUUCAAUGAGUUCGUCAGGCAGGAAAUCCCUACGACGCCCCAUGAACCAGCAGGAGCCAGCCGAGAGGCAACAACAACGGGGCGUUUGGGAAUCCGACGAUCUCCCAGACUUCACCGACACCGGCUGCAGCGGAAGCACACCGAACCAGCACUUCUGUGUGAGGACCGUGCCAGCAGGCGAGAUCGUUUAGCCCCGAGCGUGCGCAGCUCGAGCCUCGGUAGUGACAGUAGCGCUAGUUCUGCCAGAAGAAUCUCACCUCAGGACAGUAUAGAAGAAGAGGAGGACGAGAUAGAUGAAGAAGUUCUGCAUAUACGACGGAUUGCAGCUUGGUCCAACUGUCACACUAGAUCUCCUGUAACAUUCGUACAACGUCAGCUGCAGUCUGUCACGCUUCAGGACCGCUCCAUUCCCAUUAUUAAACUCCCUGAAGAAGAUCUACACGAGACUUCAGUGCACUAACCCCUCCCAAUGUUUCUUGCACAUUCUUCUCAAUGCUAAAGCCUCAGUUCAUAUCAUCCAUUCCGUUCAUAUCAUCCAUUCCGUUCAUAUCAUCCAUUCAGUUCAUAUCAUCCAUGUCACUGUCUGGUUCAUGAAACAAAAUUAGAGAUGCCGUGACCACAGAAUUCAGAUAUACAAAUGUGUGCAAUAUCAUAGAUGGAUAGAUAGAUAGAUAGAUAGAUAGAUAGAUAGAUAGAUAGAUAGAUAGAUAGAUAGAUAGAUAGAAAGAUAGAAUAUUAAUAAUAAUGAUAAUACUGCUGCAGACCUGCCACAUCACCAGAAAAUUGCUCAGUGGAAACUGAUAAAGGGACUACGAUGAAUUUUGUUUCCCUUUAACGAAACUCUACCAGGGUCGUUCGUUUCUAACAUAAUAAAAAUAAGGCUUGCCUUUGAGUCUAAAGAUCGUUGAGGAAUGCAGUAUUUCCCGUGGCUACACAGCCCCAGCUGUUAUCUACAUAUUUUGCCCAUCUAGCUCAGGCAUAACCAUAUCAGCGUUUAAAAAUCCUUAAGGUGUGCAGUUGACAUCAGGCUAGCUAAUUUAAAACUAGGACCUUUUUUCUCGGCUUUUUUUGUUUGUUUGUUUACAGUUCCAAAGAUAUUUAUUGUGAUAAUCAAAUGAAAAAAUUCACAAUUCACCUAUUAAGUCCAUUGCCAUGUUUCUAUAAUUAUUUUGUGGGCAAGAACAGCUUUCUUGCAUAAACAAAAACUAUAGUUGUAUUGUACCUUUAUUUCAAAUUAAUGUACCAUACAAUGAGAUUGCAUUCUAUAUUUUUCUAAAAUGAUUAACUCUUUUGUACAUAAAGUUUAUGUAGUCUCACACAAAGCAACUGACACUCACAAAAGUUUGUGUGUUGUAUCUGUUUCUUUUAUUUGUUUUUUUUUUAACUGACAAUACUUAUAUCAUAGUCCGUGUGCAACAGAAAGCUACAAGAAAUUGUAUGGCUUAAUGUAAAAUGAUUUAUUUCUAAAAAAAAUGGUUAUUAUAUUAUUAUUAUUUCACUUAAAACUCAUUACCCAAAGCUAUUCUUUUCAUUUAGAUAUUUUCUCGCUUUAUAUGAAGGGUGACAAUGUGAAGGGUGACAAUGUGAAGGGUGACAAUGUGAAUUCGAAAAACAAAUGUGAAGCUAUGAAUAGGACAUUAGGAAUGUAUAAUUGUGACACUGGAUUUGUUAGACGCAAAUGUGAUACUUCAAUGAAGUUGAUAUGGCAUUUUUAAAACAUGGCUAUUAGAACUUAAUUGUGACACCAGGGCUGUGACAACGUGGUUAUGACAGCAUGGCUGAGACAACGUGGUUAUAACGUCAUGAAUGUGACUAUUUGGUUGUGACAGCAUGGAUGUGACAACGUGGUUAUAACGUCAUGGAUGUGACUAUUUGGUUGUGACAGCAUGGAUGUGACAACAUGGCCGUGAUAACUUGGUUGUGAUAUACAUUUUAUAACUUGUUUUUAGUACAAACCUGUUCACUUACUAGAUGUAACAAUGUAAAUAAUACAAUCUGAAUAUGCAUUGCUACCGCACACCCUGUCUUCGUAUGCUUCCCCACAGACCCGAUGUCUAUGUAUAUAAUCACAAGUCUCCUCUAUGUAUAUACAACCACACACCUCUCUGUAUAUACAACCACACACGCCUCUGUAUAUAUACAAUCACACACCUUUCUGUUUAUAUACAACCGCACACCUCUCUGUAUAUAUACAACCACACACCUCUGAGUGUAUAUACAUUAAUCAUCGAGCAUAUGCAACUUAAUUAACAUAAUAAUGCGAGAAAAACAAAAGUUUUCAAAAGAGAUGGGGAAAUGGGGGGGGGGGGGGAGAGACAAAUAUCAGAUAUAAUGAAGCCUUCAAAAAUACAUUGUAUUACUAGACUAAAAAUUGUCAAUACUAAUUCCAAGAGAUUUUUUUUCCUAGAAUUGUCCUUGGUGACGUCUCUCUUCUUACAUAGCUUCUCAUCAUCUAAGAGCAUAACUGUCAAAAUGUGUCCCGCAGGUUUCUUGUAUGUUGGACAAAAUAAUAUUUCUCUUAAUUAAUAAAGGUUUUUUAUUGUUUUUAUUUCUUUGAACGAAAACAGGACACCAUGGGUCCACACUUUGUUUGUAUUGUUUCAUCUUCUCUCAGUCUUUUUUUUUCAUAACACACACACACAUUCACACACACACACACACACAAAAGUCCAGAAAUUUAAUCAAUAAGGAAAUCACUGCUGGCACGUCUGCCAUCUUACCCCAGAAUGACUUCGCUUGACCUAGAGAACGUUGGCACAAUUAGUGUUAACAGAUAUGUUCAGAUGCUGUCAUCUUCCCCCCUCUCUCUCUCUCUCUCUAUUUUAGAUCUUGGUCACAAAAUGUUCAUGAGGUUUUAGUAUCCAUGAGAAAGUGGAAAUGUAUCAGCAGUUAACUCCAGGAGGUCAAAAGCUUUCUGAAUUCAUUUAUAGAUCAAGUUCAAUACAACAAGUGGUUGAGUUUUCAAAAGUUGUCAGUUUGGUUAGGUUGCCAAGGGUUGUCAUUGAGGUUGGGUUGCCAAGGGUUGUCAGUGAGGUUGAGUUUUGAAUGGUUGCCAAUGUGGCUGAAUUGUUAAAGGAACUCGCUUGAUAAUCUGAUCUAGAAAGCCUAGUUAAAGAAUCUUCUGUGAUCUUAGGUAUUUUGAAUAACUUAUUACAUUUCAAGUACAUUAUAAAAACUUUUUUUAUUUUAUAUUUAGAUCUUUCAAUCUUCAUUUAAAAUAUGAAUCUCUCCCCAACUCUCUCUUUUCUUGUAGUUGAACGACUUUGUUUCCUAUGUCUAUCGACAUCGCUUUAGAUCAUCAAUUACACCGUGUUUAGUAGUUUCAAUUAAGUUAUUACCACAGUACAAUGCACACAAAAAUUAAUAAGACACAGACUUUUAAUUCGGCACCGACGCUUUGUCUCACAUUCUGGGAACCACUGUACUGAAUGAGCUCAUUGUUACAAUCACAGACCUAUAUAUAUAUAUAUAUGUAUUGUUAUGUACGUAACUCUUUUUCAAGCUGUUAGAGAAGUCGCCACAAAUCUAGAAAAAUCGAUCUUUUCUAUCUUAGAAAAGUAAUGAUCUUUAGUUUUCAAAGUUUAGAAAUAAUUCAAAUAUUUUUUUUUUAUUUUAAAUAGAAUGGGCUAUUAUUAAUAUUAAUCACAAAACUUUAUAUUUACGCAAAUCUAUGAUAGAAAGCCAUUUCCUGUGGAGAUAAUGUUUCGAAAAUCCUAGAUCGAAGUAAUGUAAGUCUGUUGAUUUUAAUCAUCUUAUGAUUUUAGAUUAUACAUUUAAAUAGAUUUAUUGCCUACAACUUUCUAGAUCUAUAUUAUGUUUAUAAAAUUUGCAGAAUAAUAAUUAUGAGACAAGAGUGCUCUUAUUUUCGAUGUUCAAUUACAUAGGUAAGGGUUGGAACAAAAACUUUACCUUUUUAUAACUACUUAACAAAACAACGCCUUGUUUCAGUUUUUUAAAGGUUUUUCAUUACAUUUUUGUGCAGUAUUAGAAAUCUCCAUGUCCAGUCUAGGUAUACUAUAGGUACAUAGGUGUGUGGUUACAAUACACAUUUUUAUUUUAUGCUAAUAGUUGCCUCCCUUAGAAAAUCAAGAACCAUAUAGUAUAGACAUGCAAAGAUAAACACAAUGAGAUCUAGUAUUUAAAGAUUACUCAUUUGACCCAGCUAAGAGGGCAUUUCAAAAUGAAAUGAUACCAGUUUUUAUAAGAAUAAACAAAACGAGAAACAGACACUCAAAGAACAGUAACUCUUAAUUCACUUCUAAUUUCCACACUUUUGUUGAUAAUUUGGCUGUUUUAGCACCUUCGUUGUACGCUUUCAAUUAAAUGCACAAAAUGUUGAAAUAAUGAAUGUCUGCAUGCUCACGACCCUGACCUUACCACAGCACAACUUUACCAAUUUGUUUGAGUUGAUGUGACGAUCGAAAGACGUGAUGUAAUAGAUCUACUUCCUGUCUGGCUCGCGGACUCGCCAAUUAAUUUGUCGUUUACAGCUUGAACUAUCGGGGAGCUGACCUGAUUUUUUUUUUUUUUCUGUUUCAUAUUUUCCGUGGCUGUUUUGAUUCUAACAAUUUUGAAAGUUGUUCUAUUCUGGUAAACUUUGCUGUCACUCAUGUUUCUAUUUAUAGGCCUACCCAUGCAAAAAAAAAAAAAAUUAAAAAAUGCACCGUUCAUAAACUGCUCAAUUCUGCACAAUUACACACUACCUAUCUUGUUUAAAUACCUGUGGGGUUUUGGAAUCUAUAUCUUUUAAAAUUACAGAUGUUCCGUCAAAAAAGAAGAUAGGCCUACUAACGUCCUACGCGUAUCCAUGGGUUCAUCUAGUCGUACAUGUCAAUUAGAGACUUCAACUCUGCUAAGUCAUUGGUUUGAACAUUUGAUUUAGCUUAGGCCCUAUGUCAGUGAAAAGAAACAAGCAAAGCGCUUCAAGGGUUUCAUUAUUUAAAAAAAUAUCUUGUAAGAUGCAUUAAUUAAUCCUUCUUUUAAAACCAUGACAAUAAUUAUUAAUACCGGUUCAAGAGGGACGUAAUAUAAAUCCUGUCGUCAAACUAAAUAGAUCUAGAACAUACUAAAUUAAUUGUAGGUGCUACAUACAAAACCUUAGAACCAUUAAUGCUUCUAUUUUUUAACCUUAUUGUGAAGCUCUUAUAUAGCCUUUUGAGUUGUUACACUCAUGUUACAACUUAGUUGAACCAGCAACGCUUCGGAAAUUACUUUACCAACCAUUCUAAUCCUAGACUUGUAUCAGCAACUCUGGCUCUUUUUAUUUCCUAACAUUUGAUCCGUGAAUUCUCAGGACAUAGAUCAUCAAUGUUUCUGUUGUCUUACAUUAAAAUCUCCCAAGUUUCAAGAACUUCUGUAUAUAUAUAUAUAUAUAUAUAUAUUAUAAAUAAAUUGUGGCUACUUUCAUGCUUUCAAAGCUCAAGCGCUUUGGUCAAAUCUCAGUUGUGGACCAGUGGGGGGAGGGGGUAUCUGGGAUAAGGUUUUUCCGUGCUGCCUUCAGAUGCUCAGUAAACACCUCUCUGCCCGAGUCGAGUGUCGAACCUCGAGCCCUUUUCAUAGGUAGCCAAGCCAAGCUAAGUUCAAACGCACUUAGCCUCUCGACCACGCUAUAGAUGAUCAAUGAUUACAUUAUGACAGCCUAAAGUAACCUUUUCUAAGCUUUUUAUUUGGUUCCAAUUUGUUAAGACCUGUGACACUAAUUUUUAUACCGGUACACAUAAUUGCGACAUCGGCCUAUAGAAUAGAUAGUAUUGGUCCCAACAAAUGGAAAUUCAGUUUCACUCUCUUUGCAUUCAUGGCAAUGUCUUUGAUUUCGAAGAUUAAGGAUGCGUGCAGCGUUUUAUAUGACUGUGCAGGCCCGGUUGCGACCUAAAUAUUUUUCGCGUCUUAUGCAGACAAAACCGUUGUCCGCUGACGGUGCUUUUAAGUUUUCAUUCCGGCUUCAAUGAUGGCUUUCCUUUGAGUCUCAAAUGUUUGUGAGAGCUCUCCAACUGAUCUGGGCAUUACUGCUAGUACAAUAACUCAAUAGAUGCACACGACGAGCACUUUAAGGCCCCCCCCCCUUACUAGUUUCACUCAUCCUUUAUAUUCGGGAUCGGAGACAUUGCCAUUUUUAACUAUUCUAUCGUUUAUGUCAAAUGUCUUCCUCACUUGUGUUCACAGUACUGAGCCCUAGUCUUCAAGUCUUGGAAUCUUCUUCAGCGUUUUAUCAAAGCUCUUAAACACUAAGUCUUGAGAUUGUGUGAUGAAAUAGCAUGUCCUGGGUGGAAAUACAAGCCAUCCCUCUCUCAGCAAACUCUUCAUUCGAGAAAUGAGUUUAGACAAGAAAACAAAUUUAUUGCUCUGCAAGUAUCGCGUCCCUGAUAUAAUAAUUUUAAAGACAAAAGUUUUUUUUUUCAUUAGCCAUCUUGGAACUUGCGAGAUAUUUGUUGGUAACAGCUUAACUAUGUAAAAUUGUUGUUCCACAAUCAGGUGUUGCCAUGACUAUCGAUCUGCUUUCACAGACUUCGUAUUAGCAAAUCAUCUCUAAUGUCAAGCACUGUAAUUUAAGAGGCAAUACGAGUAGAUCUAGGUCGUCCUCACAAAUUGAUGACGUCAAAGUGAAUCAUACAACAUAUUGUAUUGUAGCACAGCAAAAUCUUAGAGAGUAUUUGUGCUAUUUGUAGAACCGCUAGACAUUUGAGCAUUCUGAACAAUGAGACACAGUUUAGAAGAUCUAUACAUCAUUUCUUAAUAGCGUUUAGAGCCGACAAGGUUAAGCAUUGCUUUCAAGGUAUUUAUCCUUCUGGAAACACUGCUCUGCUCUUUAGUGUUGUUUUUUUUUUAAUCUGUUAACCUCAUGGAAGUUGUAGCAAUGAUAAGAUUCUUUCACAACUUCAUACACUUUCUGUACUUGGGACAAAUAUUCAGGUCAAUAGCCUAUCCAGUUUUCUCUUUUUUUAAAAUCCUAUUCCAACUGUAAGUUUGAAGAUUGUCUUCUACGACUAUUGUUCGACAUUUGUUUGGAAUGUUGUCUGUUCGUCGAAGUACAAAUACAGAUAUUUUUUCUUUAAAAAGGGCAGUGUUUUGACCUUUGUUACGGAUAUUACCAUAGUUACUGAAGUCACAUGACCUUAUUACCUGUAACGCCCAGUCCUAGCCAGAUACAAGGAGAGAUCUGUGUCAACGUGACACCUGGAUACUUUAACCACUUCUCCCUCACAAUGAUAUCAACUUCCGAUUGAACACGGAAACCCAUUUCUGCUCACACUAUAAACCCAGCCUAUGAUUAUUUACGAUUAGAUGGUCAUGGUCAUUAAGCCAACUGACAUUCUGAUCAAGUCUCUCCCUCAUUCCAAAUAAACUUUUUGCUCCUUAAAUGUUUUUGUUGUUCUCAAUGUUUCAUUGUCACUGUUUUUAUGUCAUGUAAAUACAAAGACUUAUUUAUACUCACAUGAAAAGCCUAUUUAUUUAUUGGCCAAUAUUUAAAAAAAUAUAUAUUUAUAAAGUAUAAUAUUUCUAUGUUUAUAUAUUUUAAAAAAAUGCAUUAGAUUGUGAUUCACUGUAAUAUGUAUGUAUAUUUUUAUAUGCAUAUGAAUAAUUUUAUCUCCAGUUAUUUAAUUAUAUAAUUGUUAUUUCCAAAAUACAACCAUAAUAGAUGAUAUUAAAUAAGUAAUUUUUAGAACAUUAUCAAUCUUAACGUUGUAAUGGUUUCCUAUAGAUCUCUACUUACUAAAAGGACAUAAUGUAUUAAAUUUACAAAACAUAAUUAACUUUUAAUUUUUAAAUUGGAUUUAAAUUUUUUCUCCAUUAUCUAAAAAAUUAUAAAUGAUAAAAAAGUUGUAUUAUGAUUCAGAGUUUUCAGGUCACAGGCCUAUUAGUUGUCUGGCAUUACUUAAGUUUUAAACUGGUGCUGUUGAUCAAAUGUUAAUGUUGAAUGAAAUUGCUGUGAAAAAGUAUUGUUUUUUUUUGUUAUUCAUAUUAUGCACAAACACAUACACCACAUUUAAUUAAUGUCUUACUAAAUAGUCAUAAAAAAAAAAAAAAAAAGACUAAUGUCAUGUAGACUUCGUAAUGUAACAUGAACCAGAGCAAUACAUGCUGUACUAAUAAUGUUAUACCACCAAUGAAUUAAAACAAAAGUUUGAAGAAAAUUUGUACAUUGUGAUAUUUGAUAAGAUUUUAACCUUGCAGACAAGGACUGACCAUUACAAAAUUGAACUGCUUUCAAGGAGCUUCAAAGUGAGGCAACACUAAUUAAAAUACACCAGCCCAAUGGUCAUUGUACUAAACACAUCUGUUUUUUUUUAAUUUAUUUCAAGCAUUCCACAUUAAUGAAAGACUUUCACCUUUUCAGUGGUCUGUAAUGAACACACAUCCUAAUUACAUGUGUUGCCUCUAUUUCUUUUUUAAAGAAAAACAAAACAAAAAUGUAUUUAUAGGGUAGACAAUUUAUGUACUGACUAGCUUAUGUUUUUUAUAAGGUACUUUAAUGAACAAUUGUCAAUGGAAUAUGGAAUGAAGUAACAUUAAAAAAUACACCAUGAUUAUAUACUAGACCCAGAUUUAUAUCAUGCCAGUUGAAACUUCAACAUUUUUUUUUCAUUCAUCCAUCAUCAACUCACACACAUGCUUAUGUAAGUCCAUUUGUAUCCUUUACCAACACACUAUUUUAUAUACAUACAAUUUGUAUUGCCUCUGAUAUUAUGUUGUGUCUCAUUUUUUGACCUAUAACCUUUCUAUUUUUGAUGUUCAAGAUCCAAGUUUUGAUCUCCCCUCCUUCUCCUCAGCUUGUACAAUAUUAAAACAAAUAUUUUGUUCCUGCAGCCUUCAAACAAUGUCUUUUGUUUUUCACUGAAAGUAGGGCACACAUCUCCUUACACCAGCUCAGGACUUACUGCAUCAAUGUAACAUUUUCUACAUAGUGUCAAGAUGUGAACACCAGUGUUGACAGUGCACAGGAAACAAACAUCUUUACAAAAUUGUUUUGAAUAUCACUUGAAGACAAAAUUAAUUAAUGCAACAAAUAUAUUGA